AUGUUCCCCAAGGGUAUACAAUUCGCUAACAAACCUUGGGAGUGUGCGGUUACAAAGUUCCAUCAGAAAGAGUUUAUUGAAGCUGAUAUUGACUCUUACACGUGUUUGUCGUCUCUUAUAUCAGCCAAGUGUUUUAAUAAGCACAAUGAAUUAGACAUACAUACACUUGGUUUACUGAUUUCUGUUAUAAAGGAAAAGUUUGAUUCUAUUAGUAUUCGACGUUGCUUUCCGCAUAUCUUCCAUCCUUUACUUUUUUCAAAACUAAAUAUCUCAGAAGAUGGUAGAUAUUCACUAUCUCAGACGGAACUUAUUAAUCAGUUGAAACAGCUUACUCAAUUUUGUACAACUAUUUCAUCAUGUGAUGGCCAACUUAUCUACAAUUUAUCACAAUUUGUUCCAGCUCAUUUUCUAUUCAAUUGGAUUCAAUUGGCAUAUUGUCUUACCAUAAAUGAAAUUGCUCAUAGUGAUAAUGAUAAGAUGGAUUAUUAUUGUUGUUCUUAUACUACUGCGAUUGGAUUUCUAUUCAUAAUAGAAUCUAAAAAUGUUAAACAAUAUGAUGUUUUUAUGAAAUUUAUUGUUGAUGAAUUAUGGACUUCAUUGAAAAAUUUCUAUCUACAAGCGGUGGAUUAUCUCUCUAAAUCAUCAAUGAUAACCUGUGAUGAAGAAUUAUCUAACGCUAAAAAUGACAAUGCCAAUCAACAAAAUGUUACUGAGCAAGAUAUUAUUGACUGUUAUUACGAAGAGUUUGGUAGAUUGUUGAAAUUAGCUCGUUUAACAUCAAAUUUAAAUUGUCCAUUGCAACCUGUACUCAAUAAUCAAUCUCUUGAUAAAUUGACAUGUUUACUGUUCGAUCGAUUAGCUACUCUUUGUCUGUAUCAUAGUGGAAUUACUGUACAUAAUCAUGCUUCUGUAUAUCACGCUUUAUUCAGUGAAGAACAUUCAAUUUCUGUAAAUAAUUGGUCAGGAUUUUGGUUGAAGCCAUUGGUGAACUUUAUGUAAAUAUCGUCGUUUAUUUUUAUUUUCUGAUUUGUAUCUUUUCGAAUACAAUUUUUUCACAUCUAUGUAAAUAUAUAUCUAUUUUAUACCUA